ACUCCGCUUUAGCUUGUGUGACUCGCGCUGCUCCGUGCACUGCACUCGUGCCCCGAUCACGACGCGCGCCACCCCGCCGUGGCGAAUGCGACUUCUAAGCUACCGGCGAAUCGUUUGUCUUAACUUUGUGUGACUUGCUAUGAUUUGACUCUCGGACGUUAAGAAAGCUCCCUUACCCGGCUUGUUUAUCCCCAUCAUAGUUGAGCCCGCACCGCACCGCCUUCCGCUUGCCCCGCGCCCCGCGCCCCGCUGCCAGACAUACCCUCACCGGCCGCUGCCAUGCUAGCGCACCGCGCACCGCUCGCCCUCAACUAAACAAUCGUCAACAUCGAUACGAACGCGUGUGAUAAUUUAAUACUCGCCUAAUUAAGCUUGCAACCGGUGUCUUUCUAACGUGAUUGUAAUUAAUAUUUGUAAAUAUCGACGGUGUAUAUCGUCGUGAGUGUCACCUGUGAUCUCUGCCGCGGAAAAGUGUAUCUGGAGCGCGCGGGCGCGCUCGCUGUUUGCCGCCUAUGCGCCGCACCCGAUCAGCGUAACGUGUAUUAUCCCCUGAGGCAACCGACAACGAUGGCCACCAUGGUGAACAUGAACAGCCUCCUGAACGGAAAAGACUCUCGUUGGCUUCAGCUUGAAGUGUGCCGCGAGUUCCAAAGAAAUAAAUGUUCUCGGCCCGAUAACGAGUGCAAGUUUGCGCAUCCCCCGACUACUGUGGAGGUCCAGAACGGAAGAGUCACCGCAUGCUACGACAGCAUUAAGGGUCGAUGUAACCGCGAGAAGCCGCCCUGCAAGUACUUUCACCCGCCCCAGCACCUUAAGGACCAGCUACUUAUCAACGGGCGGAAUCAUUUAGCACUUAAGAACGCCUUAAUGCAACAGAUGGGUCUGACGCCUGGCCAGGUGCUCCCUGGCCAGGUCCCAACCGUGGUGGGCGGCGUGAGCGGAGCCGGCGCGGCCGCGACCCACCUCGCCGCGCUCGACCCGCUCAGCCUGGCCCUGCUCGCCCCGCAGGCCACGUCGCCAUACCUGUCAGGCGUGCCAGGAGUUGGUUCGACGUAUGCGCAGUAUUACACACCGCAGCUGGUUCCGGCAAUGCUCGGUCACGACCCUGCUGCCGCUGCCGCCUCCCCACUCGGCGUCAUGCAGCAACCUGUGCUGCAGCAGAAGCUUCCCCGCACUGAUCGUCUCGAGACGGCUGGCGGAGCGCAGCAAGCGGCAGGGAGCGCAACAUCGGAGGCGGGAAAGAAGCGGCCGGCGCCCGCCGAGCUCGAGCCGCCCCCGAUGGAUAUGAAGAACGUCGGAUCCUUCUACUAUGACAACUUUGCCUUCCCUGGCGUCGUAUCGUACAAGCGGCCAGCCGCAGACAAAGCAGGCGUGCCGGUGUACCAGCCACCGACGACCUAUCAGCAACUGAUGCAGCUGCAACAGCCGUUCGUGCCCGUGUCAUGCUGUGCGCCGCCCAACGCUCCCUACGUGGAGUAUACGGACGAACGGGGACAGUUACUGGACACCCUCCCGGUGUGCCAAGAUUUUAAUCGACAAGGAUGCAACCGACCUACCUGCAGAUUUGUUCAUAUACGUGAAGGGUGCGGGCUGCAGGUGGUGGGAUGCCGCGUGGUGGUUUGUCGGGACGCAGCGGCGGGCACGUGCCGAAGGGCCGCCUGCCGCUACUACCACAUUCCCGUGCAGCUGCCUCCGGCCCUCAGGCCCCCGUAACCUCCCACCCCACCUACGCCCCGACACCCUUCUCCUCACCCCCAUUCCAUCACCCCCGAUUCCGACUCGCCCCCGUAUUCCCAGGAGGUGCCGUGUUAGCGGUCAGUCUGCUCGUAGCCGCGGCCCCCACCGUUCUCGGGCGCCCACGGGAUACGGUGUGUACCCGAGUAGCGGGAUCAUUCUCAGGCACGGUCGUGCGAUUGUGAUAUGAAUAGUUUUCGAAACGCAGGAGCCGUAUGAAUAAAAUUUGUCGAGAACGUCCCGACGUCGUCGAAUAGUAGUUAGUGAGGUUUCAAAUGUCUUAUUACUAUUAUAUAUUAUUUUUUUAAGAUACGAUAUGAGUUCCUGUAAUCGGUGCGCCGCCGCACCGAUUCGUGUAUAUAAGCGAACGAUUCGGGCGGGGGACGGCGCGGGGCGAGAGUCGUCUCGUGCCGCCUUCCCGCGGCAGCAGCUUCCCGGCUCCGGCCGAGGCCGGUGUCAAAAGUUGCACCCACUCCUAUUGUGAGCAUUUUUUGUGAGAGUUAUGUUAUUUUUACGUAUGUUGUGAUUUAUGAAAUUAUGUUUUAUAGAUGACGAGAUUUACACUAGUUUAGAUUAAGUGAAUCGAUACGAACACCAAUAGAGUAGCCGCUUCUCUCCUUCGGCACGGAAACUUUUGACGCCGGAGCACAAUCGCGUCGGUCAAGCGCGGCCGUUCUCACGUAGCGUAGGUCGCAGCACUCCUAGAGUGGUAGCAACUAAUUCGAAUUGAACAAUGAACGUUGUCGGACAAUAUUGAAAAACGAAGGCUUACUUCCAAGCUAUUUAUCUACAUUCUAAGAUAGAACGGCUUUUAUUCCAGAUAGAUUUGCUAGAUAAUCAUAUAACGAUCGAUCUCCGUCUGCGGAUGCACAAAUAGUGGCCGACGAUCGCGUCCGAGUAACCUUUUAAUCCUGGCGAUCAAAUAGCCGUCUAUUGUUUGACAGUAUUAAGUUUUGUUGAAAUCUCGCGGUUUGCAUGUAGAGGCGAUAUGCGGAUAAGCUGAUGUAAGCGGAUAGAGAGAGGCGGACGGUGGCGUGUGUUUCGCGACUGCACGCUCGUCCCGAGGCAACCAUUGCCUAAUAUUAUUCCUAGUCCAUAUCCUUUUGUUGAUCAGUCAUGCGUAUGUUAGAGUAAAAUAUUAAUAAUUUGAUUUAUUCCUCCCAUUUAGUGGAUAUUUUGAUAAUGAUAUAUUAAUAAUGAAAUAUUUAAGAUACAUAAUACAUAUUUGAUUCUAAAUCCUGAUAAAGUGACACUACGUUAGUAAUUUAGUCGGAGGGAUACUUGUGCCGUGAUUAUAUUUUUAGGUAUAUAUUAUAAAAUAAUUCCUAGCGUCGGAAUUAAAGAAGUGAUUAAUGUGUAAGUGCGUUAUAUUUAUUGUCGUAUAUCGUAAGUGGAAUGCCAUAUCGAUAAAAGGUGAAUAGCGGAAAUUGGAGUUAAACUCGUUAGAGACGUUUGCAGUGAAGCGUUGCGUUUGUUUGUAUUGAUUGAUGUUGAUUGUUGUUAUCGGUUCGGGGCUGCUCGGCGACGGUCACCAACUUGGGGACCGUUCACCGGGAGCCACCAAGUUUCGCUUUUAUCAAUACGGCAGUAUUACUCUAAACACAUAAGUUUUAUUUUUUGUUGAAAUUUAUCGUUUCUCAUUUGUUUGUAUACAAAAUUUUAUGAUCUGACGCAUUUAUUGUAAGACAAUUGAUUAAUUUUAUAAUUAAUUAGUGUGAUAAUAAAGUAAUGGUAUAAAAUUGCCAUUACAAAGAUAGAACAUCGAAAGUAUCCUUCCUGUUUAGAAGGGAAUCUGGCCCUAGGUUUUUAGUGUAUUUUCUAUUUUCUUUUUGUUGUAUUUGUAAUGUUGCGUGUGUCUUACACAUAAUAUAUUUCAUUUUUGUGAUAUUUUUAACUAUAAAGUACUGUUAUUGUAAAUCGAAACGGAAUAAUGGAGACCUAAAUAAAUAUUCGAGAAUUUAUUUGUAAAUCACAAAAAAAUGAAAAACUGUAAAUAUAUUAAAAAAGAUCAGCAACACAAUAAUUGAUUAUUAUAUCUGUCAUAAAUGUAAGUUCGUAAUACCUAAAUAACGGUAUGUUAUUUUAUAGUAGUACAGUCUACUAAAAGUAAACCGAUCCAAUGAACAAAGUAUUCAUAUAAUAUUCUGAACAAUUUUUUUUAUUCACGAGCAGUCACAGAAAGUACAUGACAUUGUAAUAUUAUUUAUGAAAUUACUAUGUGAUGUGAUCUUCGGAUCGAUUUUGAGUACAGUAUAGAUAAUAAACAACUGAAUAUGUGA